AAGCGUACCAGCAGCAGGUUCAGGAAUUUUCAGUGUGGGAGAUGUGUCACCGUUUACCUUUUUGCCAAGUGAAAAUGCAGGGCAAGUAUCCCGUGGCCCCCAAAGGAGUUGUAGCAGGUGUAGGGCUGCUAGAGAGUUGAUGUAGCUAGAAAACGAGAAUGUAUAUAGUGUACGUCAGUAAGAGCUGACUUCCGCUUCAUUGAUGACAGUACUGGCAUCUAGGUGCAGAAUAGGUACUAGUGUAGCAAAUGUAGAGCAAGGGCACGCAGGUGUUCUUUCGCUCGCAGCCACAACACCAAGACACAAUUACACUCACAACAAGAGUCGAAGUCAGACUACAGAGAAGCUGACAGCUGCCUGGGCUCACAAUCAUGACCGCUACUUCAGCGGCGCAGCCGCAGGCCAACGUUCAGAAGAGCGCCGAGGCGGGAAAUUUCGAUGCAGACAAGCACGUCGCGAGUACUAGUGCGGUUGGACGCGCUGUGCAGUCUUUUCGCGCCUUUGCAAAAGAGGACGUAGAUAGGCGGUCGGUCGACUGCUUUCUACGGUGCCUGGAGAUGCACAGCGAGGUGCUGAGCGGGCUCGGGACGAUCAUGAACGUCGUAAAGAACGAUCUGGAUAAAAACGUUGCGAAGGUCCGGAAAGCAGCGACAACGCACGCAGGAGAUUUGUUGAACGACGCCAAUUCGUCUUCAUCGAGCACGGGUUUGGCACAGCUGUUGGAUAUCGAGGCGGAGCAGUCGAAGCCAAAGUUGCCCAAAGACGAUAGCGCAACCGUCGGUGCUCUCUGGGCCGCACGGUCGAUGGACCUGGCGCUGUGUCUGAUUGCCAAAGUGGUAGAGCCUGCUUUGGGGGAGCAUGAUCAAACGCUUGUCCAAGAAGGAUCAACAAGUACAUCUUCAGCCAGCAAGAGCAGCCAGAUCAGUCUGUACUACUCGGAAACCAAGGCGCAGAGCCUCACCCGCUUUUCGAAGCUGUCCAUUGGGGCGUUGGGGCGAGAGGCUUACGGGAAGAGCGCGCUGCGGCAGCACCACAAUUUCGCACUAAAACAGAUUGUUAAAGCUGCCAUGAGUGGCUUACCGGCCGCUGAGGAAUUCAUACACCGCAUCCACUACGAUACUCUUGGCGAACUCAUAGAUUACAUCCGCGAGGGUCGUUUUUUCUUGGCUUCCCUACCCUUCACAAUUUACAUUGCUUCUUGAUGUUGAUAGAAGAUACUGUUGUUGUAUGCAAUAUUUGUAUUUCAGUCUCGUGGAACAUCAAUAGAUUAUGCUACAUAAUAUCCGGAAUUGUCGAAGUCGAU